AAAAAAAAAUAUAAUAAUAAAUUAAAAGUAAAUGCUUUGGUGAUAUUAAAACACAAAAAUGUGUCUGUGUGUGAAAAUAGUGCAAUGAAACUGUGUAGAUGUUUUUAAACGAGCAACACUGAGCGUAGCCUUCGAGGACAACACACUUAGCGACCGUUCUCUUUACAAACGGCCAACUGGGGCAGGUAGAUGACAAUUUAUCAGGAACUACAGUAGAUUAGAUCCAACAACACCAACACCUUUAACCGAAAACCGAAGAAAUAUAGCGAAAUAAGUUUAAAAAAAAGUCAACGCUCAUCCUUUGCGGUAAUUUAAAGAGCUCGGCCGCAGAGUCGGCGCAUAAAACGUUGGAAGCACGACAAUUAUGCCAUCAUUAACACUGCGCAACAGCACCGCCACGGCGAUAUCGCGGCGCCCAUUGCAGAGCACGACACUUACAAGUACAACACAAACAAGCGCAGGCGAGCAGUGCCGACGAGACGCGCAUGUUGCUGUUGACGCCUUGCGAGGCAUGCAAAAUGAGCGAACACAACCACAACAACCGCAGCAGCAAAUAAGCAAGAAAUCAGCGCAGCAACAGCAACCGAAACAGCAACCGCAACAACAAUGCAAACGUAGGAAAGUGCAUUGUAACAACAACGACAACAAUCACCGCAUUACGUCGCUAAUCCGCCAUUGUAUUCCACACAUUCCACGCUGCAACUACAAGUUCCUGUUAAAUCUGUUACUUUGCCUUACAUUUUUAUUACACGUUGCCGAGCAUGGGCUGCCCACAGCGAGCGCAGCAAUAAAUCCACGUGUGCCACACCGCAAGACACCGACGGAGCCGGGUGUUUGUCGCAGUAUUGAUGUGCGCAAUGAUUGCAGUGCAUUCGAGCAAUUGAAUAACUGCACCGUUAUACGUGGUUUUCUCUUGGUGGUCCUAGUGCCCUCGCAACAAGAUGAGCCGCCGUGCGACUAUGACAAAUACACUUUUCCUUUACUGCGUGAAAUCACCGAUUUUCUGAUAAUCCACAAUGUGCGCGGCUUGCGGACUGUACGUCAGCUAUUUCCCAACUUGGCUGUGAUACGGGGACGUCGAUUGUUUUUGAACUAUGCUCUUGGUAUAACAUUAAUGUACGAUUUGGAAGUGUUGGAGUUUCCCGCGCUAAUUGCCAUACAACGUGGUCACAUAUUCGUAAAUACCAGUCCAAAACUUUGCAAUGUGGAUAAGAUUGAUUUUGAUCGCAUAACUUUGACACCGGGUGAAAAUAGUGUGUCUUUGAUGUCGGAAGAUGACUGUCCGAACAAAACCGUGUGCAGUAACUGUCUCACGGAUCAUUGCUGGUCUAAUGAUGUUUGUCAACGCUUUGAAAAUGAUAAUCUUGUGGAUCCACAUAGAGGCAUAUAUCAUUGUCACAACCAAUGUCUUGGUGGCUGCUAUAACAAUUCCAACACAGGCUGUUAUGUUUGUCAAAAUAUUGAGGAUCACGGCGCGUGUGUUAAAGAAUGUCCGCAGGGCAAAUACUUAUUGGAGGUGUAUCAGCAAUGCUACACUGAGGAGGAGUGCAAAAAUCAAAAUAUGACUGUAAAGGACAAUAAGUGUGUGAUGGAGUGUCCUGAAAACACCAUAUUUGAUAUAAAUGGACGUGAAGUGUUGAGCUGUAUACCGUGUGGCCUGGAGCGCAGCAAUUAUAUUUAUACCAUUUUCAAUUUGGGCGAUGCUUAUCGUCUACGCGGCUGCAAGGUGCUCAAUUCGAGCCUUAUUAUAUCGUUGUAUACCACCGUAAAUGAGGAUGAUUUGGCGCGCAGUUUGGGUAAUUUACGUUACAUUGGUGGCUUUUUGAAAAUAAUGGGCUGUCAGGGUCUUACGAGUUUAAAGUUUUUAAGUGGCCUACAAAAGAUCGCCAACAAUCCGGAGCUGUUGGAUGCGGGGGUUUAUGGUCUGGUCAUUUAUAAUAAUGAUAAUUUGAAAGAUUUAUGGCAGCCGCAGGAAAAUUUCGAAAUCGUUCAUGGCAGUAUGUUUGUGCAUACGAAUAAGAAAUUAUGUAAUCGGAAAUUACGUGAAUUUCAGCGUAAGGCUAAGCACGAUAAAUCGAAGGAUACCAUACAAGUUAAUGACCAGGAGGUGUUGUGUGAACCAGCCAAGCUGACGUUGAAUAUCGAGGUAUUAACUCAUCACUCUAUAAAAUUAAGCUGGCCGAAGGAUCAAACAUCCAGUGAAGUGGAAAUAAUGUACCGUCCGAUCGGUGCGAACGAGGAAUUCGUCGAACACAGCGAGCUGGACACACAUAUCUGCAACAGAGCUAAAUGGUCACGUAUACUCACAUUUCCAAAGGAAUUAUCAAGCAAUGAAACAUACUACACUCACAUACUGGUCGAUCUAAAGCCGAACACACGUUAUGCACUGCUAGUGAAAACCUUCGGACUUGCCGAUAUAUACGACGCACGUAGUGAAGUGAAGUACAUGUCAACAAGAGUAGACUUGCCAUUGCCACCAAUCGUUAAUAUCACGCGAAAGACUGACGUCUCGAUCUUCCUGAAAAUCCAAUCGCCUAGCGAAGAGGAGAUAACGCGCUUCAUGGUGGAGGUAUACGAGCAUCCGGAUAGCGACAAUUUAUUGUUACAUCGCGAUUACUGUCUGGAGCCGAGUUAUGUGUAUCAUGAAGGCGAGACACUCCAAAGCGAUGAGGAUCAGGAUACUUGUUGUACGCGCAAGGAAGAGGAAGCAGACGACUGGCGCUUCUCACAAAAUAUGCGCACACUCUUCGAAUGUAAUUUAGACAACAAGAAGAACUGUCCACCCGACACAAAUAUCGCCGAGACCGUACCUGGCACAUCUAUGCCAUUUCUAGCAAUCCGUCGUUUAACUGUGGACGCUUCAGUUAAGGGUUCUGCAUUUUUAGGACGUCUAGAGCGUUUUCGUUUGUACAGCUUACAAGUGCAAGCCUGUAACGAGGCUGGUUGCGGUGCCUACACAUUCCUUUGGACACGCACCAAUUUCUCUAUUGGCGGUGAUCGUCUACACACACUCAAAGGUUGUCGAGUUUCCGGCUACAAUGAAUUCCACAUAAACUUUCCCGAGCCGCAACAUCCGAAUGGCUUGAUCACUUCGUAUGUAGUGCAUUUCCGUCUAAAAGUGCCGAACGCUGAAAAGUUCGAAACACAUAUCGAGUGCAUGUCGCAGCGACAACACGUCUUCAAUGAACAACAGAUGAUAGCGCAAUUGAGGAAGCCCUUCAAUGAGGUAGCGGUGCGUGUUUACUCUCUGGCCGGCGGUUUCUUCACCGAAUGGGUGCCCAUCACUAUCUGCACAUUUAAAGAAUCGUCUGUGAAGAUCAGCCAUAUAACACACAAGGUUCCGCAUAAAAAGGGCUAUGCCGGCAUGAUUGUGGCCAUAUGCUUCAUCAUCACAUUUGCCACUAUACUGGCGUGGUCGUGCUGCAAAUAUGAUUGGCGUGAGUGGCGUAAUUUCAGAUUAGUUCGGCUUGUGCUCGGGCCAGUGCGCGAUUGGCAGCCACUGCGUGCCGAUAAUGCUGAGGAACAAAUUGUCGAGUUUCGUAACAUAAGAGAAGCUGACGAAGACGGCGAAGAGGGCGAGCACGGAGAGCGGGGGGAGGCAGAGCAAUUGGAUGUCGCGGCAACUUAGCGCAAGACGCGUGGUGGGGCUUCGGAGCUUACAAAGAACUUAAGUGGGAUGUUAAAGUGUUACGAAAUGCCUUAGCUUAAUUUAAGCAAACGUUCAUCGUUGCGUCAAAUAUGUUACCGUUAGUGUGAUAUUCUGUGUUUUUUUGUUUUAAUUUAUCUAAAAUAAUUUAUUUUGUAUAGUAAAA